AUGCCGAAAUAUGCCAAAUUCUUAAAGGACUUCCUCACCAACAAAAGGAAGUUGGAAGAAGUUGAUACGGUGGCUCUUAACGAAAUUUUGUUCACAAUUUUGGACAGAAAGAUGCCGAUGAAGUUGAGAGAUCCUGGAAGUUUCAUGAUCCCAUGCUUGUUAGGUGAUGGUGUGGAAGAGCAUGCACUCACUGAUUUCGGGGCUAGUAUAAACAUGAUGCCAUACACUAUUUACAUGAAGCUCGGCUUAAGGGAGUUGAGGCUGACAAGAAUAACCUUGCAGUUGGAUGAUAGAUCAAUGAGAAGACCACGGGGAAUUGUGGAAGAUGACCAUUGA